AUGCAUGUUUAUUCUAUUCGACACAGGAGAAGUUUGGAACAUUUUGCUACUUCACUUCAGAAUGCGGUUUCAUCAGUGGAACCUGAAAACGGUGGAGGUGAAUUAACCAUUAAAUUGCCAAAGGAAUCGCAGAAGUUUGUUUCAGAAAAGAAAAAAUUUCGCUUAAGUAUCGAGUUCUCAUUGGAACAUCCAAAAGGAGGAAUUCAAUUUGUUCUACCUGCUGGAAAUGGAAGCGUUGACGAGGUGCACCUUUAUCGCUCUAUAGUUUGUAGAAUAUGACAUGAUUUUCAUCCUUAUCUAAAAGACAAACUUGAGUUUGAAUUUUCUUGAAUUUUCUUAAAGACCAUGUAAAGUCCGUUCUGCGCAUACGUUCUGCGCAGGCUUACAUUCCAAUGGUCGGGACCCGACCGUUGGAAUGUUAUUAAUAUUUCGUAUCUUUUGAACUUUCUUGAAUUGAAUCUCUAGUCUGUAUUCAUUUUCAAGCAUAGCGAACCAAAAGAGUGUUAAAAAUUCAGUAUAAUAUAUAUCUAAUCAUAUUUUACAACUGUAGCACUGACUAAUAUUAUUAGCUCUACUACGGUAUUGAGCACUUUACUCAUAUAUGAUUCCAAAAUCCAAACUCGAUACUUGUGUAUAAUAAAAUCCCAUGCAUUUUGCCGGGUUUGCUACUGAAUUGGGUGAAAUAGGUGAAAAUCAUGGGAAUUCGUAAAUUAUAAAUCGCUUUUUUACGCAAAAACACAACAGUUUGUGUAGCAACCGUGAGGAGUGACGGAAGUAUGAAUUAAUACAUAUUGGAUGCAAAUCCAUCGUGCUUUUCGCGCUAAGAGUUCAAGGGUUUUGAGAGGACAACCUCAAUUAAAUUAGCUGUAUUUUGGAGUCGAAGAGUGAAGUUUCCUCCGGCACACAAAAUACACAAGUAAAAUUCCUCACUUUUUGCUGCAGAAAGAUGUAAAUUGUAAGACGGAAUUAAUCGGAAAACCAGGUUUGAAUCCCAAUCAUUGUACUCUUCUCAUGGAAAAAGUGUUUUCUCUCACAUUUUUGCUCAAAAACAAACUUUGACUGAAUUUUUCUUACUUCUCAGAACUCUCCUUAGUCCUUUUGAAAGCUGAUUUUCCCGCGCGUAGGCUUGGACGAAUGUGGUGACGUCAACUAAACUGCAAUUGGCCUGUUGUACCAAUUUCCGGCACAAGUUGAUUAGCGUAGAUUAUGUUGAGACUGGGAAAUCUACACAAGAAAAUAAAUCAAUCUUGCAUGGGUACCAUGUCGAGCUAGGAGAUUAGCGCAUGUGGCUUAGCUAAUGCGACGCACAUAUCGAGCUGCGAUCAGGAGAAAAAUAAGCGAUAACUGGGUAAAAUUUUGAUGUUUUAAUAUUCUGUAUAUUGUUUAUAAUUACUAUUAUGAGUUAUGCGCACUCGCAUCCCCAUCUUGUCCCAAAUUCCCGGCAAUGACUGUGUACCAUCUUUUUUUUAUAGAAAUCCGCUCACAUGUUCACAUACAACCAUGGAAAUACAUCCAGGUAUAUUAUUGUAUAUUAUUAUAUAACAUAAUUAUAUGGUUUUGAUAUCAGAAUUAUAUUCAAGGCCUAGUUUUCACUACAGCGCAGGCAUAAACGUAAGCAUAAAACGCUAAACAAUCAAACAUAUUUUCUUUUUGUAUCUGCACGCGUAAGUUAAGUUUGUCAACCACGGCUUUUUAACGACGACGUAAUGGCGGCCGCCGGUGGGGGAAGGUAAUGUUUUACUGUUCAAAUUUGAAUUGUAGUGUUGAAAUACGAACGAUUUGAGUAAAAUACGAACGAGUGAAUGUGCAAGUAUUUUUGGUUUAUAUCAACGAUCUCUCGUUAUGUUUACAACAAGCACCUCAAUUUGCGGAUGACACGGCGAUCUACUGGGCAGCCUCUUGUCCUAAUGAGAUUCAGACCAAAUUGAAUGAAGACAUGCUUCAUCUAAUAUCUUGGCUAGAUGAUAUUAGGCCUAGAUUGUCCUUAAAUUUACCAAAAAUUAAAUUUCUGCUGAUAGAUGGUGGGCAACGACUGAAGCGUUUUGGUUCCCUGGAACUGACUAUUGAUAAUCAUAUUUUGGGAAGAGAAUCUAUAGCUAUAAAUAUCUUGGAGUUAUUAUCAAUGAAGCGCUUUCUUGGGCUGACUAUAUCGACUGCGUUAGAGCCAACGUGGCAAUAUGCAUCAAACAUCUACUGCCAUUCCAUGCAAGGCUUUUAAAGGUUGUUAACAGCUUGUCAGCUUUAUUUUUCUUCUUCUGGAUUAUGGAGAUUUAGUUGGCGUGACAGAAACGAAUGUAUCCCUGCAUGAUGAAUGAUCUGCAAAUUUUUCAUAAAGCUGCCGAACAACCGAACUAUGCUUCUAGUAACCAGGCUUUUUCAAUGUUGAAGUGGUGUCAGCCUAAUCCCUAGGCCUCUUAGUUCGCCUAUUGCGCGUUUCUCACGGAAAUCAAAAGCGUGCACAGAGGACUUGGGACUAGUCUGAAGUGGUGUUUAUAGUCGUAUAGAAGACAAUUUCGUAGACGCAGCUUUGUUUAUAAAGCUCCUUCUUCAUUAAAGUACUGUUUAAUAAACGAGCAGGAGUGUUUUAUUAGGUUUAAAGUCACGAGCGCGCACCGCGAGUAGCUUUAGACCUAAUAAAACACGACCUGCGAGUUUAUGCGAGAAAUUCAAUAUAUAUACUGCCUUAUUAGUAUUCUUUAUAUGAAGAAUACUAAUGAUAACACGACUACAUUAAAUACUAUUGGUGGAUUUGACAAAAAUACAAUGCACACGUGACGUUGAAGGACCAUAUUUAUGAAUAAACGUUGACUAAUAUAGAUAAUGAGUUAUAUUGUUAUUCUGAUGAGUUUCACCGCCAUCUUCCCUUCGAUAGGCUAUGGUUAUGCCUAGCAUGUUCUUUUAAAUAAAUAAAUAAACAAAUAUCUGUGAUUUUCCUCCAUUUUAUACUCACCGGCCCUAACAAACCACUAUAAAUUCGGAAAGGUUAAUCAGGAUUCAUCCAAUAACUAUUGCUUUGAAAAUUUAAAUUUUUUGACGGAAAACCCUCUAUAGUCUGGUAGCGUAGCUUGUUAGUAGUGGAGCGUCUAUAAAUCAAUCAAAUCAAUCAAUCAAAAACUUUAUUUUAACACGGUGAAAUCUACAGUAUAACAUUUUACAAGAUAAUUAACUAACAUAUAAUUACAAAUUACGCUAUGACAAUUAAUACACUUUAAACAUAUCCAAACACUAAAAUACUGAUUUACAAGAUUGCCGUACGGGAGUCCAUCUCAUAUAGAGAACAAAUUGUCAAUUGCUGUUUUGAAUUCACUUAGGGAGCAUGUUGUUCGUACAUUUUGUGGUAACUCGUUCCAUAAAACUGCCCCGCUAUAACUGAAACUUCGCUUCCGUAGUUGGUUCUUGGUUUUGGUACAAAUAAGGUGUGUUCAGAGUUUCUUAAGUUAUAUUCUGUGCUGCGAGAUUCAAACAAUUCACGGAGAUAAAACGGAGUUGGAUCGUUAAUUGUUUUAAACAUUAGUAUAGCCUUAUGCUUUUUCCGACGUGUUAAAAGAUUAUCCCAGCCCAGCUUACUAAAAAGGUCGCUGGAACUAGCAUCAUAUUGAGAUUUAGUGAUGACUCUCGCUGCCCUAUUUUGCAAUUUUUGCAAUUUGUCAUUUAACGUGAUAUUCACUAUGAGCGAAUAGUCAACGAGGCGAAGCCGAGUUGACUAUUUGCUCAUAGGCAACGAGGCCGAGUUGUCUAAUUGUUUUAGUAUAAACUUUAACAUUAAUUUACAACUAGGCUGCAAACACAAUACAAAAAUACACAAAAAAAAAACAUUAUAAAACCAUUAAAGGUAAACAAAUAUUUUAGUUUCUGUUCGCGUAAAAUGUUUUACAAAAUUCGGUUUUAAUUUUAAAAUUUCAUUGAGUGUAUGUUAUUUUGUCUAUUUUCUUACCCUUAAAAAUUGCCAUUCCAUAUUUUUGUUGCUUUUUCGGGGAUUUUUAGUACAGAAUUGUUGAACAAGUCGUCCAAAAAAAUCAUCAGACACUUCGGGAAAAGUGCAAAAUGUGAAUUUUCCGCCAUUUUGAAUUUUCUAUUAGUAGGCUAUCACUAAUAGCCUACUAGUAGCGUAGCCAAUCAGAAGCCACGAUAUGUGAUAGCCUACUAGUAGGUUUAUACUAAUAGCUAGUAGCCAUUGAUGAAGAUUUUUCAAUUCAGAGUUUAAUAUUUGCUCAAGCUCUGUGACGGAAUUUGCUGCGAUGCUAAUAUUAGUGUCGUCAGCAAACAUUCUUGGAGAGGCUCUGUCGAGACAAUUAGGCAAAUUAUUUAUGUAUAUUAAGAACAGUUGAGGUCCCAAGUUACUGCCUUGUGGUACCCCACAGGUUAUUUUAGCAGUUUUAGAUAACUCACCAUUGACGCAACAUCUUUGACUGCGGUUGCUUAGGUAUGAUUCGAAGAAUUUGAUACCAUUUUCAUCAACGCCAUAAAUUCGUAACUUCCGUAAAAGAAUCGUGUGAUCAAUAGUAUCAAAUGCUUUUUUAAGAUCGAUCUUUUUUAAAUGCGCGAAUUAAGUAUAGUUACCAACUUGGCCUUGUAUGAGAAUGAUUUUGCAGGGGGAAAAUUGGUCUUAUGAAUCCCCAUUUAUCACUUUCCCUAUGAAAAUUUUGAUGUAUUUUUUUAUUAUACAAAGGCUAUGGUUCCCAUGUGUUGACUCAUUUUCCGAAGUUUGUACGUGGAAAAUUGAUGUGACAGUAGCUAAAGAUUUGAUUGCUGUUUCAUGUGGUGAGCUUAUUGAGCAGGUAAUUUAAGAGAACAGUAACCUUUAUAACAGUGUUCAAUAUUGCUGUUUCAUGUGGUGAGCUUAUUGAGCAGGUAAUUUAAGAGAACAGUAACCUUUAUAACAGUGUUCAAUAUGACAGUCGCCCAUUAAUUUGUUUAGCCAAACGCCAGUUUGCAUGGGUUCGUACAGGUCGUCAAAAGUCAUGAAAGUCCUUAUAUAUUUUUCGGCAAAAUUAAGUACUCGAAAGUCUUUAAAUUUAAUGUUUCAUCAUUUAUAUACGGAAUAAAGAGAACUACAUUCUGACUCACAUGCAUUCUCCUUUCCAGACUUCACCAAUUGAUGAAAGGCAUGCGAAAAAAAAGAAAAUAAAGAGGCGAAAUUUCCGUAAAUUACUUCAUUUUCCAUUUCACAACCUUUAUCGUUUUUGAGGGGAUCUAAAAUUUAAUGAUAGCAUUCUACAGGGUGUACCAGAAAAAAGUAGACAAUUGAUGAUUCCCCUUAUUACGUUUUCGUAGCGCUUUGCAUUGUGGUUAUAGUGGUAUCACUAAUAAAGAUAGCGGCCUCGAAUGAAAAUAUUGAAUGUUUUCGCAAAUAUUUUGCUGUUGGCUAUCGCGCAUCUGACCCUAGCUUUUUUUUUUAAAGUUCUUGCACUGGUCAGGACAAAAAAUAAGCCAUCUUGAAUAUCAGUGAUACCACUAUAACCACAAUGCAAAGCGCUACGAAAACGUAAUAAGAGGAACCUAGUAUUUUGAAACAAUUUCACAAAUCCGUUCAUGUCAUGAAAUUUUUGAUAAAUAUAGAUUUUUUGGUACUUAUAAUGUAGUAUUAACAAAACAAAAAAAAAUGGAAAAAUAAAUUUUCUAGAGCAGGGGUGUGUGCCUUUUUUAGCAGCAUUAAAAUAGCUUACGUGCGAAAUUUUUAAAAGGUUAAUGGGCGAGAAAUUUGUUAUGUGUUUUAGUAAUGGUCCAAAUAUCAGAAAAUUUGCUCAAUUUUAAGUCCUUCAAAUGGCUGCUGAAACUUUCAUUUCUUGGCACCAAUGCCUUUCACGCAUGCUAAGAUUCAUGCAUUAUACCUAAUUCGCAUAUUGUUAUUGUAUAAAAAGUAAAAUAAAAAUAUGCAAAUUAGGUAAAUGCAAUGAAUUAAGUAUGCGUGAAAUGCAUUGGUGCCAAAAAUGAAAGUUUCAGCAGCUAUUUGAAAGACUUAAAAUUGAGCAAAUUUUCUGAUAUUUGGACCAUUAAUAAUAAUUUUGCGCCCAAGCAUUUUUUAAUGCUGCUAAAAAGACACACACCCCUUCUCUGGAAAGUUUUUGAAACGAAAAUGUUUUGUUUAUUCUACAUUGUAAGUACCCAAACAACCUAUAUUUAUAAAAAAUUUCAUGACAUGAACCGAUUGGUGAAAUUGAGAGCCGUUUCAAAAUUGUCUACUUUUUUUAUACACCUGUAUAAUAACUGCCGGAAAUGGAAAGUGCACGAGGUCAAUGUUAAUGAGUACACAAAAUUUGGAGAUUUUAUUUCGAAAACAGUGGCAAUGGCGCUAUUAUUAGGAACGCAUUUUAUUGCAUGGAAUGGUGGCUUGAAGGACAUGCAUGUAUCCCGUUCAAUACAUCCCCCUAUUACAUUUUCUGCUUUUAGAAUUAGAAACGAUGCCAGUGCCACAAUUAGUCACCACUGAAAUUCUGUGUAAACUAUACAUCAAACUGAAAUUUACUCAAAAACCAAUCUCGUACCCAGAGCAAUCCCGUUCGCAGGUUAGGGUUGGGCUGGUUCUGGGGAAAUGGAAUUGAUUCACGUUGCAUUUGCGACGUGAAAUGUAUGGUUUGAUGUAUAAUCCUACCAAGCAUUUUACUCGUUUCUCGUAUUUUUUCUCGCAUAAAUGACCUGGGACCCUUAGUUAUUUAUCCAUCUAGUAUAGUCUGGUUAAUUUACUCAGGAAGUCCUGUUCAAAUUAACUGGACUAUAGGUUAGAAUAACAUGCAAUAAUUAUUGAUUGGCCAAUUUCGACAUCUGUUGAAAGUGGGCGUAGCCCGAAGGCUAAGUGAGUGGGAAUGGCAAAAUAGUAGAUCUCGUGCAGGCUCUCCUUUCCUCUGAGAGCCACUAUACGCAGGCUAUCGAGAUUAUCGGCCAGGACUCCGCCCUUACAGGCGGCUUCCCGGGCAGGGUAUAACUGUGAAAUGUACUGUUUUUGUUUUAAGGUAUACACUGGCGAUGAGAAAUAUAAAACAUUUUCGUAUGUUCUGGAUGUGCCAACAGCAGCACCAAAUAUCGCAUUAGCAGUGGGGUAUGUUGUGCUCUAUUUCAAGCUGCUUAAAAUCUUAAAGUAUGGCAUGCCGGUUGUGGGUUUUCUGGCGCUAGUAAAUUGCUACAGUCCUUAUAUUGACUUGUUGCCUAUUGAAAGACCAACGUCGGGCGUAAUAUGAUCGUGGCAAGCUUUUUCACUGAAACUUGGGACGGUUGUUCAAAGCCCAAUCAGCGCUAACUGUGGGUUAAAUUUAACCCAUUAUUCUGGUUUAUGUAUAUCCGAUGUCUAUUUAUCUCAAAACUUUAGAAAAUUAAACUUCUGAUGAUCCAGACGAGAUAUCUGAAAAUAAGCUGCUAGAAUUGCUUUGAAUUUCACGUUAACCCAGGGUUAAGCUAACCUGCUUUGAGCAACCGUCCCCAGGCUUCUAACAGGAAAUUUAAUUAUCGUAUUUCCUAUAUGCUGUAAAAAUUUCUAUGCAAGUGAUAUUGAUGAUUUUUACCGAUAUUGUCUGAAAGUAUCAAUAUUUACUUGCGUUUUUCUUUGCAGGCCCUUCGAAAUGUACAUUGAUCCUGUAAUGCCUGAGGUUGCACACUUUUGUUUACCUGGUUUGCUGCCGUUGCUAAAGCAGACCACUGGCUCCCUAAACGAGGUACUACAUAUCAACUAUGAUAUUUUCUAAUAGUUUUUGCGCCCGAUGUCUUUUAGACCGCGGAGCGUAUAAUGCUAUCAACUCAGUGCAGUGGAGAUUCACAGGAAAUGACCAUGAUGUAAUAUGAUAGAAAAAAACAGUUAUAGUCUGCCAAGAUAUGUUGGUCCAGCGAACUUCAAAGCUACAAAAUAGAAGACCUUUGUUUGAUGUUGAACUGUACCUAGCUCACCAUGCACAAAUUAUUUGUCUUAAUAUAGUAUACAUGGGUGAUCGUGGUUGCACGUUUCAUCUCUGCAAUCCCUAAUGGAUGAAUACUUCAUUAACCGAAAAUACAAUGAGCUCAGUGACAAAUUAACAUAAACUCAGACAAAAAAUAAUGCGAUAACUUCUGUUUCGUUUCCAAACCAUCAUAUCAACCAUAAUACGCUAAAAUGCAGUCAAACCGGGUUUCAUAUGCUGUGCAUGUAACAAUAAGAGAAAUUUUAUUCAAAAUUCCCCACCCACCCUACUAGCAAUUUCUUUGUCUAAAAGAAACUUUACUUAUUAUUACUUUGAUUCCAUACUUUGGCAGCAGUAUAUCUGAAAGUCCUUUUUAUUGAAUUGGUUUUGGGCUUCGACAACAGCAGUGUGUUAUUAUUACUUCUUAACUCAUAUCGUUUAGAAUUAGAUAUUUAAACAUAUCCAAAAUGUUCUCACGACAUACACUCUAGGUCGUUUUGUCAAUAGCACGAGUACAAUAAAAUGGUACAAUGCGAAGAUUUGGGUGAAGCUUUUUUCGACUUUAACUCUUUUUGACAAAUCGCAAGUAUCAUAAUGCGCGAGAGGAUGACGACUUUGUAUGUUCAUAUCUUCGGUUCUGUUCAUGCUUCGAAGACAGUACCACCAUUCGAUUCAGUGAAACAAUACAAGGCCUAGUCGCCUGCAAUACAAGUUCAAGGCCUGGUCGCCUUCCCCGUAGUUUCCACUGCCUGGUCGGUUUAUCAUCCUCCAAGUUCAAAUAACAAAGAUAUGUUACAGUGCCUAACAAGAUCAGAUAGAUCAAACUGUCGCCAGUUUAGGUUUAACCGCCUGAUAAACGCCCCAUCCGCGGGUCAGCCACUCUCGAUUUUGCAGUAACUAAUUUGCACAAAUUCUACCACACAAGCUCUAUCGAGAUCAACCCAUAACCUCUUGGGUUGUCUGACCAUAAUAUCAUUGUUAUGCACCAAACUGUGUAUGCACUCACAGGAAAGAUCACAUAACGAAACUGACCGUGUUAUUUAUAAAAGGGAUAUGACAACUUCUCGAAAGAUGGAACUUGACAGAUACCUAAACAAAGUUGACUGGAGUAUCCGGGACUUGCAUGACACAUGUGAAGGAAAAAUUAUUACUGAUGGUAUAUCUACAGGAUUGAACCUUCUCAUGCCAGAAAAAAUGAACAAAUUUCACCAUAACGACCCUCCGUGGAUUACUGAGGAUUUCAAGU